ACCCGCAAACGCUUGUGUCUCUGCCAUAAAGCGAGCUGGACAGGAAAGAAUUAGCGCGGCAUUCCAUUCCAUCUCCACGCCUCCAAAGCACCAGACAUCCGUCCAUGACGACGUCGUCCAGCGAGGUCACGGUGUGCUCCCACCUGUUCACGGUGAGAGGCUACACCCACACCAGGGGCAUCGGCGUCGGCAGGUCCAUCGAGUCGCAGGCGUUCGACGCGGCCGGCCACCGCUGGUCCGUCGUGUUCUACCCGGACGGCGACGACCAGGACGCGAGGGGCCACAUCUCUAUCUUCGUCAGGCUCAUCGGCAGCGGCGGCGCCGGAGACGUCACGGUGCUCUACGGCUUCAGCCUCGUCGACCCGAGUGGCGCCGCGCCGGCGUCGGAGGCCUCCAAGGCCCCCAAGGUCGCCACGUUCAGACAUUCGGCGGGCGGCGACUACAGAGGUAUCGGCCGCUUCAUGGAGCACCAGAGGUUCGAGGCGUCUCCGUACCUGCGGGACGACUGCUUCACCAUCAAGUGUAUCAUCGGCGCCGUCGAGAGGCCCGGCCUGCCGCCGCUGCCGGCGGCGGCCUCGGAGCUGCACCACGAUUUCGACCGACUUGCGGUAGACGGCGGCCGUUCGGAGGACGCCAUGUCCGACGUCGACUGAGGAAGCCAUGCUGCUGUGCACUGUGCUAUGCUCCUCUUCCUCUAACCUCUACUAUGCAACGAGCGCAGCUGCGCAGGUGUAUCAUCAGCAAGGCCGAAAAUAAAAAAAAAGAAAAGAAAAGAAAACCGACUUGUAGGCCUCUUGCAGGAGCUUGUUCACAGCCUCUUAUGGGUCCCGAAUGGAUCUGGUCAUCGCGAUUCGCGACAGCUUCCUGCAUGGCAAACAUUGUAAACAGGUGGUACUGAGCACAAAGAGUGCAGCAAGGGACUGUCAAAAUAUUCUGAAGCUCUGCAUUUCCUAUAA